AUGCCUGUCCUCGGGCACUUACUGUUGCUGCUCUACUUGCCGGCAGAGGGGACUGCAUGCCUGGCAGAGUUCAGCGGCAACCCGCAAUUCCAGGAAUAUUCUGGAUAUGCCUUCAAGGUCGCACGAAACGAGCCGAUCCCUGAGUCGGUGCAGGAGUUUUUCUACAUGAAGAAUGACCCUUAUGUUGUGCAGCUAACCAAGUAUGCCAGGUGGACGCAUCAAAUGCUAAUGGCAUGCUGGUCCGUGGAAGGUCGUGUUUGGGAAGUCCGGCUAUCCUUGAAUGAGUCGAUGCGGGCUGCAGACGGCACGGCCGGCUUGCACACUGCCGUUUGUGCACCACGAAGCUGCAGGCCCCAUCAGGUCCUGCAGCAACUUGCAAUCAAAGUCAUCACUCAGGACCUUGAUGCCGUGGCUCCUACUCGAUUGCAGGGGGAAGUCCGGCCCCUGUCAAGCUGGAAAUUCCUGAAUCUCAGAUUUGCCAUUGUGGGCAUGGGGGGCUGUGGCACGACUUCGCUGCAGAGGAACAUCAAGCAACAUCCAGAACUUCGCUUCUCUCGCCAGGAUGACCACGAAGAGACUCUCUUUGCCCCCGGCUAUUUUCAUGAAUAUACCGGUGGCUUCAGAAUGCUGCCCACUGAGACACAGGUCAACUACAUCAACUGCGGCAAGGCAAGAUGUCAGCAGAACGAUCUCGAUGCAAGGACGAAGCUUGGACUCAAGAACUACAUGUUGCACAAUUUCGACUUUGGCUUGGCAACUUUAUCUCUAAUUGACAAUCUUGUGGUGAUCGCGGUGGUGUGUGAUCCGCUGGAUCGUCUGGAAAAGGCGAUGUUCUGGACCUACUGUCACUUCAAAAACACUACGCAAUGCAGCAGUGGACACAUCUUCGACGAGCUCCUUCAAAACGCAACUGUCGCUGAUGUCGUGGAGCGGCACCGUGAGCAUUGGGUAGCCGCAGAGAGGAUCCGAGUCCUCUUUACCUUGUUUGAAAGGCGGACGAUUGUGGCACACCAGUCUCUCCUGCGCGAUCAGCCCCAACAGCUUUAUGGCCUGCUUUUCAAGAAGAUCGGGGUGGGACCGCCGCCAGCUGGGACCCAGUACCAUCGCUACAACUCCGUCGGUGGGGAGAGAACGGGCCUUUGUCGCAGGAAGAAGAUCCUGGCUGAGUUCCAAGACGACGGCCCGAAGAAGAGCGCCGUGGACAAGCUGCACGACAUUGCCCUUGAGGCGGGCUGCGAGACAAUGCUGAAGGCAUGGUUCCAGUUCCUCGACACGGAUCACAGUGGACGCAUUGACUACACUGAGUUUGACAAGGGCCUCAAGGACAUGAAGUUCACAGGGGGCCCGAAGCAGACCCACAAGCUGUGGCAGGAGUUGGACGAUGACAUGUCUGGCGCAAUAUCCUUUGACGAGUUCACUCGGCCGGAAGAGGCAGAGCUGUGGCGAUCUUUUUCCAAAUUUGUUGGCUCCACAUUUGCCGGCACUAAGGACAUGCUCCGACGGCUCCAGAAACACCAUGCUGAUUCCAACGGUAUGGAGAAGGCUGUGGACAAGGCUCUUUCCGAGCAGGAGUUCUGUGAAAGCCUUGCAGCGUUUGGCUGGAGCGGAGGCCAGGAGAAGAUGUUUUUCGAUGCUUUUGCAAUGGAGAGCGAGCACGAGGCGCUCUGUGGGCCCUGCGAGUUGGACAUUCUAAGAUGUUUUUUUUUUUUUAGGUUGUGUUUGUGCGCCUCCACUUGA